AUGUGGAACACUGUGCAACUUCAAAUGCUAAUAGAUGAACGUAAAAAAAAUAAUGCAGACUUUCAUGAAAUGUCUGCAAGUCAAAAAACAUUAUUUUGGAACAGUGUUGCAACAAUAAUUAAUUUCGAAUAUG